GUAAUGCCCGGAAGGGUUGUUGUUAUGUGCCUUCAAGUCAAUUACGACUUAUGGCAACCUUAUGAAUCAGUGACCUCCAAGAGCAUCUGUCAUGAACCACCCUGUUCAGAUCUUGUAAGUUCAGUUCUCUCAAAAUGGCUUCUCACUGCAGACACACAGAUACAAGAGCCAUCGCUAGCUGGAACGCCACUCUCAGAUGCCGAAUAUGAGCACUUCUUUAGUAUCCUCAAUAGCUUUCAUCAGAACGCUGCUGUUUGCUUCUUAAGAGCCACAUAUGGCUGCCAGAAUCCCCUGAUCCAGACACUGGACCAGUAUGAAAACCAUGGAGUCAUUCCUGAAGGGCAGGUAUGCUCUGAACUGGCAGGACACCCCACUUUCCCAGAUUUCUGUGCCCUCACUUUUUAUCGCUGCACAUUGAGGGUGUAUUUUGUGAAGAGGGUUCUGUGCCCAGGUGACAGCAGCAGACGUACACCACGCGAUUGGUCUCCUUCCAUCCUCUCUCCCCAACCUGAGACAAAGCCCCCAUCAUAUAUAGAGCAGGCUUUCAUUCACCUCCUCCGAGCUUCCCACACUGCUGCCCCGGCCACCACAGAACCAUUUCCUGAAGUUCUCGCCGCCUUGUCCACAGCUGCCCCAGAGGACUAUUCUGAGCUUCCCCACACCCCUGCUGCUGUGGCCACCACAGAGUCUGUUCCUGAGCUUCUCGUUGCUACUUCUGACAAAACUACAGAGGCCUUGAGUGACAUUCUUGCAGAGUUUUCUCUUGCCCCCACUGCUAACACCAUUUUAAUGGAUUCCCCGCUGGAGCAUCUCGCAGAGUCUUCUCCCAAGCCUCUGUUGUCCACUGCCGCCACCAUCGCAACUGAAUCCCCAUUGGAGCGUCUUGCAGAGUCUUCUCUUGAGUCUUUUGCCUCCAUUGCUGCUGCCAUCGCAACUGAAUCCCCGUUGGAGCAUUUCGCAGAGUCUUCUCUUGAGUCUCUUGUCCCCACUGCUGCCACCAUUGCAACGGAUUCCCCGCUGGAGAAUUUUGCAGAGUUUUCUCUUGAGCCUCUUGCCUCCAUUGCUGCUGCCAUUGCAACUAAAUCCCCGCUGGAGCAUCUCGCAGGAUCUGCUCUUGAGCCUCUUGCUGCCGUUGCUGCCUCCAUUGCAACUGAAUCCCCGCUGGAGCGUGUCGCAGAGUCACCUCUUGAACCUCUUGCCUCCAUUGUUGCCACCAUUGAAACUAAAUCCCCACUGGAGCUUCUCACAGAGCCUUCUCUUGAGUCUCUUGGCCCCACUGCUGCCACAAUCACCGCAGGGUCUUUUCCCAAGCUCCGUGCUGCCACAGCCACCUCUGCAACAGCUGCCAUAGAGAUCUCUCCUGAACCUCUGGCCACCCCUGCUGCUGUGGCCACCACAGAGUCUAUUCCCAAGCUUCUUGCUGCUACUUCUGUCCCAACCACUAGGCAGUCCUUGCUUGAGCUUCUUGCAGACUCUUCCCUUGAGCCUCUUGCAUCCACUGCAACCUCAGCCACCACAGAAUCCUUGCUUGAGCUUCUCAGGCCCCCUAUUUUGGUGAGAGCCAGAGAUAUUUUUCCUGAACUUCUUACUACCACUGCCUCAGAAACUACAGAGUCCUUUCCUCAACCACUCGCUACUUUUGCUGCCACAAAACCUCAAGAAUUCGUUCCUGAGCUUUCCAUUUCUAUCACCACUGCUCCUGCCUCAAGCCCUCCAGCACCUCCCCCAGAGCAGGCUAUCCCCUCUGUUCCCCCGGCCACCCCAGAAUCUUCUCCUCAGUUCCCCACCACAAGAUCUGCAGCCAGAACCGCUGCUUCCUUUCCCAUGACCCCUACUACCACCAUUGGGAAUAAAAUCACCAAUGAGUUCUUUAAGUUCUUGCUCGAAGAUCCCCCCAACCCUGGUGCAGCCACAACCACAAAGUCCUCUUCUGGGUUUUCUGAAAGCACCACCGCCGCUGCUGUGACAAGUGCUGUCACUCCCACCACCACGACCACCACUGCUGCUGUAUCCACAGCCACUUCCGCCACAUCUGCUGAACCUCCCUGCACCUGCGUUUCUGAUGCUCCCACCCCAUCCACCGAGGCCACCACCCAGACGCUCACUACUGCCGCUUCCUCCACUAUCACAACUUCUCCCCAACCACCUUUUUCAAACCUUCCUUUUUUCCAGCAAGAUCUUCCCCAGUCCAGCUCCAGCACGCACACCUCUGACGUCUCAACUGCCACGCAGCAGCAGAAGUCUAAACCUGAGGAUGCUGUCCAGCAAGAGGAAAAGAUUCCCAGACCCCAACAGUACUCCCUGCCUACUACCAACUUGGCGGAACUCUUCUUCCGACUGCAGGAUAAGAGAGUGCAGGAGCUGAUGCAAGCAAUGCAGGAUCUGCUGACCAAGGAGAGAGGAGGGCAGAAGCAGCAGCUUCAGGAGCAGCAGCAGCCCACAUCUCCGCAACCACUGAAGGACCUGAACCAUGCCAGCAUGCAGAGGAAAACUAAGCGACCGCUAAGGCUCCAGAAGAGACGUCAAAGAUGAAGGCAUGAAGGCAUGUGGUCUCUUUGGUUCAGAAGGCACAGGGUCCAAUAGGCAGGCUCCGGUCUGACAUUUUGGAGGGCAGAACUAUUCUAGGGCUGUCUGUGUAAUGAGUUGCAGCCCACCUGAGUCAGCGCUGAAGUCUUUCUAAAACACGUUCCCCGUUAUCUUGAGGCAAGGGGGACCAAGCUAAGAAAGGCUUAAUCCUGAAAAGACAGUGAUAGGGGUGAUGGUUUGGAAUUCUGUGAACUUGCACUGGAAAGUUCCCAGUUUUAGCCUAAUUUUGGUGGAAUGAAGAAUUUGUGUUAUUAACGGACCUUCCUUAAAUGGGAAGGUCCCUGGUUCCUGAAUGGAGGAGAAGACACAGGACUGACUCAUUCUCCUCGUUUGGGUUUCCAGACAGGACUGUAAAUAAAUAUGGUGUUUUGCAGAAAUGGUUGGAGUUCACUUCAUGAGAUCUGGAGGAAGGGAGAUGGGCCAUCUGCAAAGUAGGUUGAUUCCCCCUCCCCUUUUGCAGGAACCUAUGGAAGAACUGCAUCUCUCAUUCCCCACAACUUCCCACGCUGUUAGCCAGCAUGACAAGGUGACGAAGAAGAGACUGGGGCUGGGGGAACCCUUCCUGUCUUCCUGUAGCUGGUCGCCACCUUUGUUGCUGCUCCCGCAGAAAUGCCCUUCAAACAAAUGGGAACUGAAGGUUGUGGUGACAACUUUCACCUGAUGGUAAGGGGUGGCAGCAGAAGCAGCCAGGGGUAAGGGUGAGGCAGCAAGGUGGUCAGGGCUAUGCAGGUCCGCCAGGGGGAGCGCUGGAUUGGUUCCACCGAUGUGGCCUUACAGCCCCAAUCUCCCUGCCUUCUCACUUCUCCCUCAUGGUAAGCAGCUGGAAGGCCAGGUGUGCAGCGGUACCCUUCCCCGCCUGCCACUCCAGAUCAGCAGAGAGGGAUGCGAUGGGUAGGAAGCCAGGAAUGCUUCUGUGGCUUGGAUUUUGAUCUGAGCCAAAGAAUAAUUCAGGAAAUUGUAAACCUCACCUCUCAUCUUGAGGUGGAUUGCAUGUACCCCAGUUCAUUUCUAAGCCUGGCGUAGGAGACUGUUGUUGGUAUCUUUAUGUAAAACCACCUACAGUACUUAGCAACAAAAGCAUCACAUUGAAUCCUAGAUACGUGCUUCUUAUUAGUGCUCAUUGGGCCAGAAUACAAUGAGACACCAAGUGAACAAAGAGAAUUUGCAUACUAUGCCUAGGGUGAAGUUGACUCUUUGACAUCUUUCUAAAAACUGCACAUUACCUUACGGCUCUGAUCCCCUGGGUGUGAAGGGAUGUUUAUACAGCAUCCCUUAUGCAUUGACAAUUGAGUUUGUGCAUCUCCAGGCAGGGCUGGGAGAGACUCCUGCCUGAAACCCUGGAGAGCCGCUGCCAGUCAGUGUAGACAAUGCUGAGCUAGAUGGACCAAUUGUCUGAGUCGAGAUAAGGCAGCUUCCUAGGUUCUUAAACAAGGCAUGUUCAAUGAGAGGUGCAUUAAAGGCAGGGCAUAAAAACAGAGUUCUCAUACUAGCCCUUUCACACUGUCUGUAGGGCACAUGUGGAGUUCUGUAACCCCUUUGGCAUUUGCCUGGGAGUGGGGGAGAUAUUUUCUUUUGAAUGAGUUCAGAUGAUGAAGAUUGACACCAGGAUGUGCUAAGUAGUUACUUAGCACUAUUUAUUUGUUUAAUUUAACGGACCUUUAGUGUGGUGGCACCUACCCUUUGAAAUUCCCUCCCAUCUCUGUUAUCU